AUGCCGGACUUUGUGGUAUUAAACAUGAAUUCAUCAUUUGCAACAAUAUCUAAUUAUUCUCUUUGUUACGACAAAAUUCCGAACUUUGAACACCUUAUACACGGUUAUGACAUUCAAUCUCUCUGUUUUGUACACCCCGAAUUUUUCAUUGUCAACAAAAGUUCAUUAUUUCUCAAUAGAUGUGGAGAAUGGCUCCAGUUAAUAGGUCCAAGCGAAAAUGUUGUUAAUUGUAUGAUCGCCGGUUCAGCCGAAAUUACUUCAGACGGGUCGACUUAUUCAAUUGAAAGGAGGACAAUAGGUGUGUUCGAAAAUAUAUACAAAAGACUGACUUCUGGUGUGGAUAACAAGCAAAAUUUUAUAACACAAGUAACAAUGUUUGAAGUCGCUUUUGACUUAGGGCUUCCACCUUCACUCUAUGUGAUAAAUCGAAAUAAAACGAGUGUUACAUUCCAAUUUACUGAUCACAACAAACCAGCUGAAAAGAUAGGAGUUGAAUACCAAAAUAAAGUAACAACUUAUUGGAAAAAAAUUGAUGACAUGUUUGUGAUACCUUUAAUUAAAGAUAAAGUGAACAUACAAAUGGUUUCAUACGAUGACGAAAAAAUAAGAUUCAAAGGAAUUAAUCUCAGUGAAGAAAAUUCGUUUACUGCUGCGGUGCGAUAUAUUUCAGUGGACACAAAACCAUGUAAGUACAUAACAGACACCCAAGUGUUCAAUUCAAGUGCUUUUGAUGAGGAUAAGUUGACAUACCAAAAAUGGCAAGUUUGGACUAUCAAUGAAAAAUUGGAAGGACACAUGUUCGAAUGGGGAAAGAACGAAGUAUCGUUUAUAGCAGAAGGAGGAAAUAUAACUCUAUGUUUCUUCUAUGCAAAUUCAUUCAGAAUUCAGAAGGAUUUUAAAGAGAUGGUAGUCGUUUUUGAUACUGAUGGAGAUUAUGAAUUUAUUAUUACGCAUAUUUUACAAGACACUUCUGUGACAGAAUUAAAUUUUGAUACGAUCAAAUUGAUUCAGGCCGGACUCCCAACAAAAUAUCAAAGAAUUAAUGGGGGGAAAACAAUCGAAUUAAGAAUAGCGUUUAAUUUAAAAACAAAAUUAUUUGCAAAUGUUGUGACAAUCACUCAGAAAUUCAGUAAAGGUUCUCAUGUAGUAUUGAAAAGUGCUUAUUUGAUUAGAGAAGAAGAACUUGUAGACACCGAUAAAUGCAAUUCAACUUCUUUUGAUUGCUUAUUUACUGAAUGCACAAUCAGCAACGAAUCAUAUCCAAAUGGUGACUCCCCUUUCCAAAAAGCAUGCGAACCGGCAUGUGGAGUGUGUCGAGAUGGAUUUGUAUGUUCGACUGCUGGGAAAUGUAUUGUCGAACCCUCAUUUAACAUAAGAGAUUAUAGUAUAAAGACAGCUGUAGUCUUUUUGUUAUUAGUGAUAUUUUUGUUAUAA